AGGUUGACACCAGCACCAGAUGUCCUGUGACCGGCAAGAAAUUGAAGGUCAAGGACCUCAUCUCGGUGAAGAUGGAUGUGGCGGAUCAGAAACUCCUGGAUCAGGGGGGUGGCAAAGGCGUGUUCUGCUGUGCCGUCUCCAAGAACCCCAUUGUUUUCCAGCAGGCGCUGCUGUUAAAACCCAGUGGCGUGGUGAUCUUAGAAAGUGUCUGGAAAGACAUCGUGGGCAAAGAGAUGAAGUGCCCAGUGACUGGAAAGAAGCUGAAAGGUGAGGAGGACAUCCUGAAGCUCACGACUGGUGGAUCAGGAUUUAGCGCCCACAACGAUGUGGAAGCGAAGUCCUUCUCCAUGAUCCGCAGCGCCACGGGCGACAACCGCACGCAGCAAGGGCAUCUGCCCAGAGCUGGCUUUGCUGGAUUACACUAGAUGUGGAGGCUCCACUGCUGCGUGCCCACGGGCCGUGGCCGCAAAUGAACCGCUGGGUAGUGAUACCCAGCAGCUCUUUUUGGCUGCAGUGCCAAAA